AUGGAGACUUCAACUCGAGACGGGCCCGCCGAGAGCCAUGGUAAGGGCGAUAGCUCAGUCCCGGUGCCUCCCUCAGAGGGUGGAAUAAGUGCCGACGAGAUCGCGCUUUAUGACCGCCAGAUCCGUCUCUGGGGCAUGAAAGCGCAGGAAAAGAUACGCAAUGCCCGCAUCCUGCUCAUCACCAUGAAGGCACUAGCCAACGAGAUCGCAAAGAAUCUGGUCCUGGCGGGCAUCGGAUCUCUCACCGUUGUCGACCACGAGACGGUCACCGAGGCCGAUCUGGGCGCGCAAUUCUUUUUGUCAACCGAGGGCAACCACGUUGGCAUGAACCGCGCCGCUGCUGCCAGUGCCGCAAUCCAACGGCUCAACCCCCGCGUUAGGGUAGCCGUCGACACGGCUGACAUUCGUACGAAGCCGCCCGCCUUCUUUGCCGACUUCGACAUCGUCAUAGCCACAGACCUGGAUGCCCAGACACUAAACGUCAUAAACACGGCCACGCGCCUCAACAACCGCGCCUUCUACGCCGCCAGCUCACACGGAAUGUACGGCUUCAUAUUCGCUGACCUCAUUGAGCACGACUUUGUGAUUGAGCGGACCAAGUCUAAUAUGGCGACGUCACUAGGGCCCGAGACCAAGACUCGGUCUAUCGUGGCCGUCUCACCAAAGAAGGACAGCUCCGGAGGUGACGACCCCAAGAUCGAGCUUGCCACCAAGCGCGAGCUCUACAGCACCUGGCUCCUCGCGUCGGACGUGUCCAAGCUGCCCGACGACAUCCUCAAGAGCUCCCGCCGCCGCAAGGUAGUGACGCCUGUGCUGAGCUGCUUGCGCGCCUUGUGGGAAUUUACUACCCUGUACGGCGGAGUGCCGAGUUCCAACGACCACGCGGCGCUGGCUCAAUUCACGCGCCUGUGCGGAGACAAGCACAAAGCCCUUGGUCUCCCCGUCGAGACGCUCCGUAGCGAGGUGCUGCGCUCGUUUUUGCAGAACAUUGGCGCCGAGAUCGCCCCAGUGGCGGCCGUCCUCGGCGGCCAGCUCGCCCAAGACGUUAUCAACGUGCUCGGCCAGACCCAGCAACCUAUUCAGAACUUUGUAAUUUUCGACGGCAUCACUCUGGAUGCUAACAUGGCGGGCAUGGGCGUGCCUGCAAUCAGCAAUGGGGGUAUUGGCACGUUUGGCGCAACCAUGCUACCACCUGUAGUUCCAUCGGUAGACCCGUCCCAGGUCAUUGCGUUGGAUGACUGA